CUAAUGUAAAACAGUAAACAAUAAAUAAAUUAUCAACUUAAAAAGCUUAAUAACUUGUAUGUUAGUCUGUGACCGUAAAUUAGAACCUUGUUGAUAGGUUCCAAAUUAUAACUAAACAGAUGUACUCACGUUAAUAAAAAAUAUUUUCAUACAAUUUUGGACAAAUUUAGGUUGCACAAGUUUGACGCUACUAAUUACUAUUUUUAGUGUUCGGCUCUUAUCAUUUUUAGACAACUGCCCCCGACCCCCAUAGUUGUAUGAUAAUAAAAUUAACUGAUAACUCGAUGAAAACAAUAAUAAUCUGUAACAAGAAUAGUAUAUUUUUAUUGUCGAAUGUUGAUUAUUCGUUUAUUAUUUAUUAUUAUAAUGAAAUUUUCGUUAUGAAAACGGCAUCUGUUUUUGUUAUUGGCGAUGUGAACAGCGUGUGCUAGUGGCACUCAUUCAUAAAUCCGUUGUUCACCCGAAACUAGAAUAACAUUGAAAAUAGAAAAAUGACUUCUAACGAUUCCGGUGUGGAAAGCAGUACGGAUAACGACGAUUGUGCACAGCCACAGCCAAUGUUCAACAAAAAAUCACCGAUGACGGCCACCGCAUCUGGCAUGUCUGUGGUGCCGGUCCACAUGGCUCGGAAACCGCAAGAUUUUCCACUUUUCUGUUUCAAACCUGGUGUAACGGAACCAAUGAUGUUCACUCGGCCUCCACUGCUCGAUGAGGUCCCUACCCGCAAAUUGAAAUGCCUUUUUGAAUUAGCCAACCCAUCUUUUAGUGGCACAUUUGAUAGAUUUCAGUCAGUAAGUGUUGUUUGAUGAUUCAUUGUAUAACAUCAUUUUGAUUUUUAUGAAUGGCUUUUUAUUAGUGUCUAACCCCCAUUCAAGAGUACAACGAAAUGCUGUUGAAAUUAGAAGAAAUUAAAGAAAAAAGAUUUCUCCAGACCAAAAAGAGCAUUGGUCCAUGUCGCGUUCACACGUGCCGUGGAUACCUGAGGCCAAAUAUUUUGGAGUCUAGAGGUAAUGAAAAGCGUUGGCAUAUUUAGGCUGGUUGUGAAUUAUUAUAUUUAGAAUUUUUAAUAAUUUUAGACAAUCAUAAACUUUGUCGAGCUGCAAAUUUAAAUAACACUGAAGUACUUGCACAACUUCUCCAUAAUGGUGUCAAUCCAAAUUGUUGGGAUAGUAGAAAACGUACACCUCUACAUUUGGCAGCUAGUAAAGGAUAUGCUGAAGCCGUGGAGUAUAUAUAAAUAUAUAUAUUAUACAUUUAUAUUUUUUACAUUAAUAAUUACUGUUUAACAAAUUAAAUGUGUUUGUUUUAAAAUGUAGGCUGUUGUUGAAGUACGGUGCUAAUCCAAAUCUUAAAGAUGCACUAGGGAAUAAUCCUUUGCAUUUGGCUGCUUGUACACAUCAUAUGGAUGUAGUAACAUUACUCUUAAAAGGAGGUAUAUUAUUAUGAAAUAAGUUCAAAAGGACUAAAGUAAAUUUGUAUUAUUUACAUGUGUACAGGAACUGAUGUAACGAGCUGUGACGCUCAAGGCCGAAGUCCUUUACAUUUGGCCCAAUCAAAACUGCGUUUAUUAACUCAAUGUAAAAAUGAUGUUUGCACAUCGGUUAAACAAACAGUACUACAAGUAAUCGAAAUGCUACUAGCAUAUUUUGACAAACAAAAUAAAUCAGAUGAAGCAGAACUGUUAAAUGCCUUCCAAACUAGACUACAAAUAUCAGAUGACGGCGAAAGGGUUAGUACUGAAAUUCAAGACCUUUUAAAUAAUUUGUCUUCAUUAAAACUAAAUAAGUAAAUUUAAAAUAAUUGUAAGCCAAAACUUAUUAUUAUUUUUGAUUAUUUACAUUUAUUAGAUCAUGUUUCAUUAAUUAUUUUUUAUAUAUUAUUGAUUUUGUAAUUAUUAACUUAUUAUCGGUUUUAAAUGUUACUUUGUACUAGUUGUAUUAGAUGUACUCAUAUACUUAUGUGAUGUUAUGUUUUUGAAUUACCUUACUUUUGGUUGUCAACCUAUUACAGG